AUGGAGGUCCCCUUGUCAAAUGCUAUUGGAGAGAUGAGAGCGCAAACUGCAUUCAUAGCGACCGUCGGGACCGUUAGCCUGGCUACUCGGGUUCAAGCUGCCAUUCCUCAGACUUUGUGGGAUCGUAAACCUGGUCAUGACUGGUACACCGAAUACUAUGUCAUCGGUAAUGGAUACAUGGGCAUAUCAACGAACAGCGAUCCCAUCGUCGAUGAGAUGGACCUGAACCUCGACACGUUAUGGACAGGUGGACCCUUCAACAAGACGGAGAACUUUACGUAUACCGGGGGCAAUCCAGCGUCGCCGCUGGAUCCGUCGAUCUUGAAAGGCAUCCGAGCAGACAUCUUCAGUCGGGGAAACGCCAGCGUAACGGCUUUACAAGUCACAGAUUUUGACUAUGGCUCAUUGACGACAGCCGGAUGGUUCUACGCAAAGAAAGACAACACUUCGUAUACCGACUACAAGCGAUGGCUCAGUUUGGACGAUGGAUACAUCGGGGCCACUUGGACAGCGGAAGGAAUACAAUACAAUCGGACGGGCUUCUGCUCAUACCCUGAUAAGCAGUGUGUAUACUACGCGGCUUCGUCUGGACCAUCCAGCACUACUUUUGGUUUCAACACGGAACGCACACUGUCUUCAGCGAAUGUCACCUGCAUUGACGACAAAACCCUCUCUUACUGGGGCCAAGCUGAACCCAAUGGCAUGCAAUACGAGAUUCAAGCUCGUUGCAGCUCAGAUGGCACCAUCUCCUGUUCAAGUGCCGUUCAAGGCAACGCCACGCUAUCCGUCGUCAAUGCCACUUCUGUCACUUGUGUUCUGGCCGGAGAUACCGAGUACAACAUUGAUGCCGGAACAGCGGAGAGCAACUAUUCAUUCGCUGGUAACCCGUAUCACGAAAACGUCGGCAAGAUCAUCAACUCGUCAUGUGUCGACUUUGAGCCUCUCUUUGAGCAUCAUCUAGCCGAUCAUCAGGAGCUCUACGGGGCAUUCGAAAUCGACUUGGGAGCCACGAAUACGAACACCUCCGCCACAACACAAGAUCUUAUCGAUAGGUACACCAUUGAGGCUGGGGACGUGCAGCUGGAACAACUGAUUUUCAACUUUGGCCGAUACCUUCUCAUCGCUUCCGCGAGAGGCAACCUCCCUGCCAGUCUGCAGGGCAUCUGGACAGGAGCCGCUCAGCAGUAUCUCGCAGAUGGUGAGGUCGACGAAUUUAAUGACUCGAGCGAGAAUGGUCUCGUUGCGCCGAACAACUCGUUCAUUUACGAUACAUCCGCGGAAUGGGGUUCUGACUUUCACGCCAAUAUCAAUCUUCAGAUGAACUAUUGGCCAGCUGAGACAACUGGGCUGAGCAAACUCACACCUACGCUCUGGGCUUUAAUUCAAAAGACUUGGAUGCCGAGAGGCACAGAAACUGCUUCGUACCUGUACAACUCGUCCGGCUGGGUGACCCAUGAUGAGAUGAAUCCGUUCGGCUACACUGGCAUGAAACUCGGAGGACCUACUGUCGAGGAUCAAGUAUGGGGUCAGCAGUGGAGCGAUUAUCAGGCUGCGGGAGCGUGGUUGGUCCAGCAGCUUUGGGAUCAUUACCUGUUUGGUGAUGCCGAGGAGGACUUUAUCAACUCCACCGCGUGGCCGAUCAUCAAGACAUCUACAGACUUUUGGCUGGACAACCUCUUUGAAGACACCUACUUCAACGAUGGGACACUCGUUGUGGCACCUUGCAAUUCGCCCGAGCAGCCCACACACCUGAACGCAACGUUUGGCUGUGCCAUGUACCAGCAAAUUGUUCAACAGCUGUUCGAGACAGCUCUUCAGGCUUAUCCUCUUUCUGGGGAGAACAAUUCAGCAUGGCUCGAUAGGGUUCAAGACUCCCUCAGCAAGAUGGAUAAAGGCGUUCAUAUCGGUGAUUGGGGUCAAUUACAGGAAUGGAAGAUCGACGCGGAUAACAAGACAGAUCUUCAUCGACACAUCUCUCACUUAUGGGGAAUGUACCCCGGCAGUACACUCGCGACGUACAAUGGAUCAGAAUAUACUCAGUCCGAGGUGACAGAAGCUGUCAACACGUCUCUCAUCGCUCGAGGAAACGCUACUCAUUACGGAUGGGCAAAAAUGCAUCGAGCGGCUGUCUACGCUUCACUUGGGAACGCUUCGUACGCUCAUCACCUGUACAAGUACAUGAUAUCCGAGGAUUUUAACGGCAACCUGCUCGAUAUCUACUGGCAAAAGAAUAACAGCGUCUUCCAAAUAGAUGCGAAUGAGGGCGCGGUGGGAUAUAUCACGAACGCCAUUGCAAACGUUCCGACCCCCAGAACGCUCAGCGAGCCUUUGAUCAUCAAUCUCCUUCGUGCGAUUCCAGACGCUUGGAGCACUGGCUCCGUGAAAGGUGCUCGAGUCCGAGGGGGAGUAAACAUCAACGCUACAUGGGCAAAUGGAACCUUAAGCUCGGCAGAGCUCUCAAUGGACAGAGGGUUCCAAUCAUGGUAUGUCGUGGUCAACGCGCCGUGUGACACUGGGUAUAUCACGAAGAAAGAGGGGUGGAUGAAGCCUGGGGAUCAGUGGACUUUGUAG